AGGCGGCAGUCGCUGCUGCUGGGCUGGCUGCUGAUGUGGGGGAGGGCGGGCUUAGGAUUUAAAGGGGCCGCAGCCCCAAUGGGAGGAGGGUGAUGGCCUGCAGGGUGAAGGAUGAGUACCAGCGGCAUUACACGGUCACAGAGCCGAGGAGCCACCCCAAGGGCCACACCGAGUAUAAAGUGACAGCCAAGUUUGUUUCGAAGAAGAACCCAGAGGAUGUCAAGCAGAUCACGGUCUGGAAACGGUACAGUGACUUCAAGAAGCUGCAUGGGGACCUGUCCUACAUCCACCGCAACCUCUUCCGGCGCAUGGAGGAGUUCCCCACCUUCCCCAAAGCCCAGGUCUUUGGCCGCUUUGAGCCCGAGGUGAUCGAGGAACGCAGGAAAGCGGCUGAGGCCAUGCUGAAGUUCACGGUGCAUAUUCCUGCGCUGAACAACAGCCCCCAGCUCAAGGAGUUUUUCAGGGGAGGGGAGGUAAAGAGGCCCCUGGAGGCCUGUGACCUACGCAUCCUGCCACCCCCUCUGAUCCCAGUACCACAGGAGGGCACAGAUGCCGGGGACGAUGCUCAGGGAUCUGUGGCAGAGCUGGGACUGCAGAGCCUGGAGCCUGAGCGGGAGCUGGAGCCGCACCCACACCGAAGGGAGCAGGCGGAACCGCAGAGCCCAGUGCCCCUGGGAGCUGUGGGGGUAGCGGGGGAGGAGCAUAACGGGGGAGAGGAGACAGGGGACCCUGCACUGGCUGCUAAAUCCGAGGAGGAUCUGGAUCUGCUCUUUGCCUCGGUGGGGGAGGAGAAGGAGAGCGGGUCACCUCUCCACGGCCCCCUGUCUAACCAGGACCUGGCCCUCUUUGACCCCUUCAUCAAGGAAGAGCAAUGCUCAGCCAGCCCUUCCCAGGGGGCCAUGUUGGCUGUGGGAUCAGAGCUGCUCCCCGGCCAGGACAUUGAGCUAGCAGCUGAUGCCCUGUGGGACCUGCAGAUCUCUCAGCCUGCGGAGCAGGAGGCAAUACAGGGACUGGACCCAGGAGGGUACCUGGCAGUGGCCACUGAGGAGAUCACACUGGCCUUGAAGAGAGAAGCAGCCAAAGACUACGCAGGGGCCCUCUUUGGCUACCGCAAUGGGGUGGACAUCCUGCUGAAGGGGGUGCAAGGAGACCCCGAUCCUGCCCGCCGGGAAGCAGUGAAGAAGAAGACAGCCGAGUAUCUACAUCGGGCCGAAGAGCUGGUCCAGCUGACCCAUCUCCAGCCAUGAGCCAGGAUCUAAGUCCCCUCCCUGCCCCCAGGGCAUGGGGCUGAGUUGAGCUCUGAACCCCAAACUGCCUUUCCGAAGGGAUCUAGGGCCAACACAUUCACAUACCAGUGACUUAGCUAAAGCCUUUCCCUCAUGUCCUCACUGGGCUCAGAAGCAGGACUACAGGCCCCGGCUAGAAACACACCACUCACAGCGCCUCCAUGGUUUGCUUUAACACAGGGCUGUAUGGGGAGGGGGGGAAAUCUCUCUGCACUACUAAAGAUGUUUGUGUCUAUAACACCUCUUCA